GUGAUUUUGUUAUUUGGCUAAAUUUUCUUGAAGAAACCCAAGCUAGUUUGCUGAGCAAAAUGUUGCGUUUACUUUAAGUUCAGUCACUGAAAUUUUUACGUGUAUAAUUUUCCUCCUUAAUGUGGUAGGUAUGUCUGAAAUAAUAUCCUCGAGAAUCGAGGCGAAAUAGUCUUCGUCUGUCAAUUUAAGCCAUUUCUUCUAUGAAUAAAAAUAAUAUUUUAUAAUAUCUCAAUUUAUCUGGAAUUGUCAAGUCAAACCCUGGUAAUGAUACCCACAUUUCUUCUAUGGUCAGUAAAUACUGGGUAGCCGUAGGCUUGUUAUCUGUGAUUGCCUGCUAGCCAUGGAUUUUGGUUCAGUAAAAGACAAUAACCUAGGAAAUCAAUGAAAAAGAAGGCAGUGGAUUUGAAACAAAUAUAAAAGUUUUUGUCUGCUUAUUCUUUUAUUUAAACACGUAAACAUUGGUACAAGGAGUCACCAAGCAGAUAUGUGCCCCAUAAAUCAUUCGAUUUGUGUGAGAGCUGGGAUACUGCCCGGACUUGUCAUAAUUCUUCUGGUACGACAACAGCACUAUUUCAAAAGAUGUGAUUUAAAACUAACAGUUGUCUCUUUACAGGUUUUCGUUUCCUGAAGUUAGUGAUUAGAAAAUUUUCAAAUUCAUUCUGAUGCCUAGCAAAUUUUCAGUUUUCACGUAUGUCGUUAGGGGUUUGAGUUCUCAUUGGAACCAUGUUAAACUUGGACCUCCAGAUGCAAUUUUGGGGAUUACCGAGGCAUAUAAUCGUGAUACCAAUCCUCAGAAGAUUAAUCUGGGGGCUGGUGCCUAUAGAGAUGAUAGUGGGAAACCCUUCGUCCUACCAUCUGUCAAAGAGGCUGAAUCACUUUUGUUGGCGAAAAAUUUGAAUAAAGAAUAUGCUCCAAUCAGUGGCAUCCCCCAAUUUUGCGAUCUGUCCAUUAAACUCGCACUUACUGAUCAGUCUUCACGGAUCAAAAAUCGCUGUAACGCUACAACUCAGACAAUAUCUGGUACAGGAGCCCUUAGAAUCGGUGGAUCUUUUAUCAAUGAAUUUGCGGAACAAAAACAUAUAUGGAUGCCAACACCUACUUGGGGCAACCAUAAGCCUAUUUUCACACAUAGUGGACUAAAUGUACACCAAUAUCGUUAUUACAAUAGUAAUACUUGUGGUCUCGAUAUAGAUGGUUGUUUAUCCGAUUUAUCAAAAAUUCCCAAAGGACAUUUUGUUCUACUUCAUGCAUGCGCACAUAAUCCUACUGGAGUAGAUCCGUCAUUUGAUCAAUGGCAGAAAAUUGGAGAGAUUUUGCAAUCACGUGGUUUGAUUCCAUUUUUCGACUGUGCUUAUCAAGGAUUUGCCUCCGGCAAUAUUGAUAAUGAUGCGAAAGCAAUACGUUAUUUUACCGAUGAAUUAAAUUUCCCCACCAUAUUACUUACACAAAGUUUCGCUAAGAACAUGGGACUAUAUGGUGAACGUGUUGGUGCUUUCACUUUACUUUGCUCAUCUCCUGAUGAAGCCGAACGUUGUUUGUCACAAAUUAAGAUUAUUAUUCGACCAAUGUAUAGUAAUCCACCGAUUCAUGGCGCACGUAUUGCAACGGAAUUAAUGUCUAAUCCUGAUUUACGUCAAAAGUGGCUCAUUGAUUUGAAAACUAUGGCUGAUCGUAUUAUUACAAUGCGUCAGAGUUUAAGAAAUAGUUUAACCAAAGCAGGAUCUCAUCAUGAUUGGUCACAUAUCACUAAUCAAAUUGGAAUGUUUUGCUAUUCUGGGCUUAAUCCAUCACAGGUUGAAAAGCUAACUAAUGAAUAUUCUAUUUAUUUAACUAAAGAUGGACGUAUUAGUAUUGCUGGCUUAUCAUCUAAAAAUGUCGACUACUUAGCUCAUGCUAUACACCAAGUUACUAAAUAAUAACAAGUGUUUUUUCUUUCUGUUUGCUAAUUUAUAUACAACAUGAUGGAUUUAUUUCAGUAAUGUCUCAACGUUCUACUUUUAUUCAUUCCUGAUUGUUCUGUGUAUGAAUGGUAAUAUGUACCAUUAUCACACAUAUUUUUACUUGCCUGAUCAUGUUUUUUGGUUUUAAAUAUACGUGAUCACUUUAUUGUAAACGAUCAGUGUAAACCAUUUACAAAUAAUUGUGAUUCAUUUUCUUCUGUCUGUACCUCCUAUGUCGGGUUGAGGUUUGUUGCUCUUUUACAGCUACAUUCCUAAAAUAUGUGAAAAAGUUGACGGUAUUGUUUCAUACAUUUGGUCCCCUUUAUCAUCUUGAAUAGAGCAUAAACAAAGAAUUGAGCUCAAUUUUUUGUUCUUGCUUGCUUAUUAUCAUCGUAUUUAAAAAUUUAAAAUUUCAAAGGAUAUAGGUUUUAAGUCAAAAUCAAUUUACGAGUACUGAAUGAUUAACGCCUAACGAUCACCCACCACGGCGCAGGAUGUUGACUAGUGUAGUUGGUUGGAAGAAAGCUAGGAGCGGGGAAAUCAAAACAUGAGGUCAAUCUAUGAAGUCACUGACUGAGCCAUUUACGCAAGUUCAGACUACUUGGUUGGGGUUCCGCUUGAUAACUACGAUUCUUGGUUGAAGACUUUGAAUGAAAACAUGACUCAGAAUUAAUCCCAACAGCGCUGAUCCAUGUAUACUUUAUCUUUAUUUCCAGUAUUUCUUCAUACAUAUCGUUUCCAUUGUUUUCUCAAAUUGUAUUUUCAAUAUUUAAUCUUCCUCGCUAUCAUCAUUUCUACUCCUUUCCUAUUCGUCACGUCAAUAUGGUUAUGGUAAGGAAAUUGAGCUAACACAUAUUUGUGCCAGGCUUUAUGUCGAUUAUGAAUAACCGACUGGUUUCUUGAUCUGUAACUUUUA